UCACAGUGAAAUGUUAAAUAGUCAAAAAGUCCAAUUAGACCACGUGAGUCGCGGCGGCAGGUCUAAUAUAUAUUUGCAUGUGUGUGACUACAGCUGCUGAUGUGGAAAGUCACUCACACACUGAGUGAACAUUCGUGUCAGAGCCUCUGGUUGCUGGUGUCUGUGUGUGUGAGUGUGUGUGUGAGUGCUGGAGCUGGUUCUUCUGGAUCAUGGAGGAAUUGGCCCGGGAGAGCAUCAGCCUUCUGGCCCGCUCCGCGUCCCAUGCGGAUCCUCCGCGGCUUGGUUCCUUCGGGGCAGUGUUCAUCAUGCUGAAGUCUGCACUGGGAGCCGGGCUGCUCAACUUCCCCUGGGCUUUCCAGAAGGCAGGAGGAGUGAACACUGCCAUCACUGUGGAGAUGGUUUCUCUUGUGUUCCUCAUUAGCGGCCUGGUCAUCCUUGGCUAUGCAUCGUCCGUCAGCAGACAGAAUACCUAUCAGGACGUGGUGAGGGAAGUGUGUGGACAAGCCGUGGGUCAACUGUGCGAGGUCUGUUUCUGCUUCAACCUCUUCAUGAUAUGUGUGGCCUUCCUGGUGGUGGUGCAGGACCAGCUGGAGAAAUUGUGUGUUUCCUUAUAUGAAACCGUGACCGGUGAGGGAGAAAUGCCGUAUCACUGGUACACCGACCAGCGGUUCGCCCUCUUCAUCAUGUGCCUCGUCAUCAUCCUACCACUCUCCAUCCCCAAAGAAAUCGGCAUCCAGAAAUACACAAGUGUGCUGGGGACGUUGGCUGCGACAUAUCUGUGCAUAGCAGUGAUCGUCAAGUAUUACCUGAUGGACAGUCACCCAGCCAUAAUCACUCCAGAGCCCAGACAAGGUGUGAGCUCAUGGGCCUCGAUGUUCAGUGUUGUACCGACCAUCUGCUUUGGCUUCCAGUGCCAUGAAGCUUGUAUAGCGAUCUACAGUAGCAUGGAGAACCAGAAGAUCUCCCACUGGGUGGUGAUCUCUGUUCUCUCCAUGUUCUUCUGUUUGCUCGUCUACACACUGACGGGUGUGUACGGCUUCAUGACGUUCGGACGAGACGUUGCCUCAGAUAUUUUGAUGUCGUAUCCAGGAAACGAUGUGGUCAUGAUCAUCUCCAGACUGCUUUUUGGGAUAUCGAUUAUCACCAUCUAUCCAAUCAUUCUUCUUCUGGGGAGAUCGGUUAUCCUGAACCUGAUGUUACGAGUUCAGAGGCGUCGCCGGGGAAUCGUGUUGCCCUCCUUUGAGACUCGCUGCAGGGUCGUUCUCACUGUCAUCUGGAUCGCCGUCACUCUUCUCAUUGCCAUGUUUGUGCCCGACAUGGGCGAGGUCAUCAGUGUCAUCGGAGGAAUCAGUGCCUUCUUCAUCUUUAUCUUUCCAGGUCUUUGCUUAGUGUUCACGAUGCAAACAGAACCUGUGAGUCCAAGAAUCAGGCUGAUUUUAACAGUGUGGGGCGUCAUCACCAUCGUGGUCGGAGCCUUCAUCUUUGGACAGAGCACAACCAUCGCUAUCAUGGAGCUCUUUCACAAGUUCUAAACCAUCCCAUCAUCACUAUCCGCAGCAUUCGUCUGUGUGAUGCUUACAAUAGAGAUAAAGUCACUUUUUCUUUGUUUCAUGUUACGUAUUUAUGUUUAAAUGUAUGGGUUUUAUUGUGUUGCUUUACCAAUAACAGUGAAAAACCAGCCAUGUGUCGCCUUUGUGAGUGUUUGUUUGUGCAUACAAAGUGCAGGCAGGGGGCAGCAUUGCACCACUGAGCGUUGUUUAUUUAUUUUGCACACAGUCAUCCAUUCAAGCAUGUGUGUCACUGAUAAUGUUUAUAUUACUCAAAUCUGACAAUACCAGAAUGACCAUAGACGCUGUUUUGACUGUGAUUACAAAUGAUUUUUUAUGAAUUCACAUGGAAUUGAAUGCAUUUAUUAAUUAUAUAUUAAUUACAAAUGA